GCAAUACAGUAGGUUCCCGAAAAAAAUGGAAAUUUAUUUUAUAUCUGAAAUGAAACAUGCAAACAAUAUAUACGAAAUGCUGUAAGAUCAAAGUUAGAUUAAAACUUUAUUAAUCGACAAUCGAUUACAAAUCGGGAUUCUGUAAUUUUGAAACCUACACUAUCCAUUUUCCGAACUAUUUUGCAAUUGAAUUUACACCACAACAGAAGGCGCCACUUUCGGAAUUGAUCUCAGUUCAUCGUUUGUUACAGAUUCGCUUUUCAAAUCACGAUUAUAAUGAUUCCACGUCAGCUGUAUCGUUCCAUACAUGCAAAUUAUUUACUCUAUACUUCAAAGAAAACAUUACUAUCAAAAUUGCGUAAGAAAACUGGGUACACGCUGGUGAAUUGCAAGAAAGCAUUAGAACUACAUAAUAAUGAUCUGGAAAAAGCAGAAGAAUGGCUUAAAGAACAGGCUCAAAUUCAAGGUUGGAGCCAAGCAGUUAAAUUACAAUCAAGAAUAACAUCUCAAGGCUUAAUAGCAGUAGUGACUAACAACAAUCAUGGAGCUCUUGUAGAGAUAAAUUGCGAGACAGACUUUGUUGCAAGGAACAAAAAAUUUCUUGAUCUAGCUGAAACUAUAUUGUCUAGCGUACUAAAGCAUGGAAUGACAUUUAAAUCAGAUGCACCUGUCAAUAAAACAGUGUUAUUCACAAAUUGUAUCAGUGCUUUGCCAGCUGACGAUGGCAAAAGUUUAGGUGAUCAUUCUGCUUUAACCAUUGGAAGUGUUGGAGAAAACAUUAAUAUAAGACGUGCCUUAUGCAUGAGUGUCGGAUCAGGUCUACACCUGUAUGGAUGUACUCAUCCCACACCUAUAAAUCCAGUACCAUCAUCUUUUGGACGAUAUGGUGCUCUGGUGGCCAUAAAAUCUGACGAAGAAUGUUCAACUCUAGGAUUACAACUCUGCCAGCACAUUAUUGGUAUGAACCCAAUAAAAAUUGGAGAUCCAAAUGUUGAUGAACCACAUGUUGAUAUAGAUGAAGAAUCUUGUAUGCUAUACCAAGAAUUUUUAUUCGAUUCUUCUGUAUCCGUGCAACAACUACUGCAAAGUAAAAACACGGAAAUUGUAGAUUUCGCACGUUUCGAAAUGGGUGAAGUAGUUGAAACAGAAACGCCAAAACAACAAUUGGAUUCUAUAGAAACUUGCGGUUGAAUACAAAUUUCACUACUGUAUUAAUUCUGUUCACACUCUGAGAAAGUAUAUUACUAUCUUGACAAGAUACAUAAACAAAUUUACAAGCAUUUCAAUCUUUUA